CUUAUUCUUAUUCUUAACCUCCAGCGUGAGCUCGAGCACAAUCGCAGCCAGAAAUCCAAGAAAGGUGAACCCAGUGAGACACCGUAUCCCGUCUGCUAUCUGGGUGAUUCUUUAAUCGGGAGAAUAUUCGUCCCGAUCAAGCUUCCAAUGUUUCCCGCUGCCAGCGUCCACUUAAGUCCAAUCGAGCGCUUCCAUGAGGGGCGAGGCUGUUGCCAGUCCACGCGCUGAUGCAGGAUAGUAGCGGGUAGGUCCCUAUCUGCGCGAGCACGAUAGUGAAGUACAACGUACCCACGUUCUGCCUUACGGGAUCUGCGAGCCCACAGAGCAUUGCUAGCGCGACUGUGAGCAGCGCCCAUACCCAUCGUUCUCCAACUUGCCCGUGACAUGUCAGGCCCAACGGGGAAAUGGAGGUGCCUCUGGGGUCCGGACGACCAGCUGGGAACGCUGAACCACCUGACCGCCGAGCGCGUCCAGGGCACGUGCCGCAAGGGAUUCAGGACGGGGGAGUGGGCGACUUUGGACGACGAGUGGUUGUUCAACACGCAGUGCUCCAGCCAGUGGGACAGAUGUCGACACUACGUCUACCAGGACGAGCGGCUGUUCUACAUGGGCCACAAAGCGUCUGUUUUCGCGGCAUCACCGAAAUCCAGUGGGAUGCAGCACAUGCCGAAGAAAGGAAUUGCCGGCAGAGCAUUCUUCAAAGACGAAGUCGACGCCUUCUCGAGUCACGCGAUCCCGUUUCUCGAGCCCGAAGCAGUGGCAGAAAUUAUACCGCUCGCGUCGAUCCAGCCAGGCGCGAUCCUGAUGAUCCAAUCGGGAUACCUCAAGCAGUACAACUCCAUGGCCGACGCGAAGCGCACCGAACUCGACGGUAUUUACCAACACACGAAUCGCAGCAACGUCGGCGUUCAGGCGUCGCAGGAAUUCCUGUCCUUUCUGUGGCAGAACCAAGUAGCCGCCGUUGCGGGGGAUAGUAGAAGUUUGGAGUGGCAGCUGCAUCAAUGGCUGCUCACCGGAUGGGGAAUGCCUAUGGGCGAGCUGUUUGGUUUGGAGGAGCUGAGUAAAAUCUACGCAGAGCAGGAUGGUGGGAGGGGAGAUGGACAUUCUUCAUGA